UAGUGCCUAUAAGAACCCACAUGCCAUAACACCAAAUUGUAUCUUUAAUCCAUCAAGCAAGCAAGAAUAAUGAAUCCAAGCAAUACUCUUUCACAGCCUAAGACCGUCUCACCUCCCCUGGAGAAGAAGUUCCCUGAAGGGCAAUGGACCUCUGGCCUAUGUGAUUGUUUUGACGAUCCAUCCAAUUGUGUCAUAACCUGCUGUUGUCCUUGUAUCACCUUUGGGCAAACAGCCGAGAUUAUUGAUAGAGGAAACACAUCAUGUGGGAUUGCGGGACUCCUGUACUAUGUUACGGCUUCAGUUGGUUGCGGAUGGCUAUAUGCAUGUACUUACCGAUCUAAACUGCGGGGACACUUUUCAUUACCAGAAGCUCCUUGUGCCGAUUGGUUGGUGCACUGUUGCUGUUGUGCUUGCUCUCUGUGUCAGGAGUAUAGGGAACUCAAGACUCGGGGUGCUGAUCCCUCCAUCGGUUGGCAAGCAAACGUUGACAAGUGGAGCCAGGACAAACUCCAGCCCCCAUUUGUUGCAGCAGGCAUGGGACGUUAAAAGUUAUGGUCUACGCUCAGAAAUUCAAAAACCAACACUUUCUUAAAUAUUUUUAAUAUAUGUUAAAAAAAAAAAAAUCAUUCAUGUGUCUGUAUGUUUAUAAUUGUGAGGAUGCAUAUAUGUAAAUUAAUUAUUAUGAAAUCUUGUAAUUCUUUCUUUUCGGGUUGGAUUCA